UAUGCUUUGCGAACGUGUCUCGUAGGUACACACCACGUCAUCACACGAUCCCAAAUGUACUCCUAUGUGGCCUCAGGACUUUGCGUCAGUUUGGUUUCGACGGUAACACGAGCGUGUAUUGAUCCUUCGAUGUCUCGUCGAAGGCCAUCAUUGGCCGCUGGGGCGGUGGCUGGGCGCCGGGCGGGCCCAUAAUUUCGCCGCCCCCAACUGGAUACAGAAGGUACCACUUUGAUUGCUGUUGGAGGACGGUGAAGCAACGAAGCCUAUGACAUUGCGGAAUUGCAUGAAAGCUUUAUGUUCCAAUGUCAUUUACGUUCCAGACCAGCUAUGGGCAAGCGGCUGCGAGGGGUCUGCUCCUGAUCGCCUGAUCCUUAUAAUAUAUGUGAUAUGUUUAUAUCUACUCAAGUCGAUGAAAUGGAGUCAUUCGUUUGAUUUCCAUAGUUCUGGAGUUAAGGUGAAAAACUGCCAACUCGCAGCGGGUGACUGCAAUAUGGCCAAUGUGACAGAGGACGACGGUAACAGCUGUGGCCAGUCUUGAAUACAUCAUGCAAAAACCACUAACCGCUGUUCUUGUCCCACCUCCGCUCCCCCCGGGGCAGCCACGGAGACGCCGGAACUUGCUGGAAUCACCUUCUAUAGUGAUUCAAGGC